AGCUCAAUUGUGAUUUCAGAGUCAGACCACUGGAGGAUGUUUUCAAAAUCUUCUUGAUCAGAUAGAGAACAUUACAGCUCAAGAGCUUUCUGUGACUGCUGUGACCAGCAUUUUGACUAUGGCAUUUAAAGCUUCAGAGAAGAUUUUAGAGAUAUCAUCAACAUCAUCAUCAUCAGCCAACCAAACUGAACUAACCUCCUAUGGAAACCGCAUGUUAAAAACCAGCGAGAAACUCAUAUAUACAUUGGUGAAGCCGACAGACACAAGUGACAAUGUCAGUUUUACUCUUGCUGCUGUAGAGGGACAAGUCUUCAUGGUUGGACCAAACGUCACCUUAGAUAAAAUCCCUCAGCUCAACACGACAAAUUCUUCUGUGGACAUCGAUCUCAUUGGAAUCGCCAAGAACAACAAUGAAAGAUCUGCUUCUGUGGCAUUCAUGAGCUACAACACAAUGGAGAAUCUACUGAAGCCAAACUUAUUCAACACACCAAAUGACACGGAUAAAACCAUGAUGUCCACCGUGAUCUCAGCUACUCUUCCCAAAACCAACAACACUGAACUCACCAAACCAGUCAACUUCACCCUCAAACACAUCAGAGAGCUCGACCCCAGCGGUUCUCUGUCCUGUGUGUACUGGAAUGUCAGUGAGUGGGUUGUUGAUGGUUGUUCUGUUUUAAAGACCAACAGCAGCUUCACCGUGUGUUCCUGUGUCCAUCUGUCAACAUUCGCUCUCAUCAUGGAAACCCCAUCAAACCAGCUCUCAUCAGAGAGCGACUCACUGCUGGAUCUGUUGAAUUUGGUGUGUGUGAUCGUGGGGCUGGUGUUCUUCAGUUUGGCCCUGUUGUCCUUCGCCCUUUGUCAGUGGAGUCCUGGAGUGAAUAAUGUGGCUCGAAUCAACCUCUGCAUGAGUUUGCUGUUGGCUCACCUUCUGUUCCUGCUCACACAACGGUUCCUGAGCCUUAUACGCCCUCAGCAGGUGUUGUGUGCCGUGAUAUCAGGUGCUCUACACUUCCUCUUUCUCUCCGGCUUUGUGUGGAUGUUCAUUGAAGCAGUGCUGCUCUACAUCUGUGUGACGAACCUAUCACGGAUCAGCUCUAAAAAGAGGGAGGUGCUUAGCGGUGGAUUCCUGUGUGUGAUUGGAUAUGCGGUUGCUCUAGUUGUGGUGAGCGUGUCUGUCGGGCUGGUCCCUGAUGGCUACGGCAGCGAACACUGCUGGAUUAAAAGGGAUAAAGGUUUUAUCUGGAGUUUUCUGGGUCCUGUUACUGUCAUACUUGCAUUGAACAUGAUUCUCUUCAUCAGCAUCAUCAUCAAUCUGAGCUCAACUCUCAAAAAUCUGAACGCUGAAAUUUCACAGAUGAAACAAACCAAGACUAUGGUGUUUAAAACACUGGCUCAGUUUGUGGUUCUUGGUUGCUCCUGGAUUCUGGGUUUCUUCACUAAUGGCAGUAUGGAGCUGGAGAUCAUCUUCCUGAUCUUAAACUCCCAGCAGGGAACCUUCAUCUUCCUGAUCUAUUGUGUCCUCAAUAAUGAGGUCAGGCAGCAGUACAGAAACUGCUUCAGAUGUCUUUGCUGUGGACUCCAACAACACUGAGGACUACAGCAUCAUGUUCAGGAAAUAAAAAGCAUAUUUUUACAGAUUUCGCAAAAUAAACAAACUUAAAUAUUUGCAGCUCAUACUGUUUACUGCUGUCUAUUUGAAUGUGGAUUAAUGUGAGAUUUUAUAUACAUUAAUACAUACAUCCUAACUGUAAUACUAUUACAUGUUUAACUAAAAGUAUAUCUGUAUUUUUAUAGGCUUCCUUUUAUGCUAAGUGAUUUAUUUAUUCUGAAAUAAGAAUGUCUUGAUUAUUUUGUCUGUUUUCAAUGACAUCUCUGCUCAUCUACUUUUUGGUUUGUGAAUUGUAUUAUAUUUGUUGUAAAUAUAAUAAAAUAACUGGUUCAUUUGUUUAGAAGUGGAUAUUUAAUUCAUUUCAUAAUGCCUCCUCGAUACACAACAAUAUAUAUAUUGUAUUUUAUACAAGACCUUUAACAAACAUCUAGAACUUGUAACUUCUCUUUUGUAUUUACAGUUGAGUGAUGACUGCAUUCUACAAACAAAUUAAAUUCAGAAAAAUUCAGGUGGUGAAAACAUUACAUUUAAUCUGAUAUGAAUUUAAAUUGAGUCUCUAUCUUAAUUAAUUUUAAGAUAAAUGUUUAACAUCAACUUGUCUGAAAUACAAUACUGAAAUUUCAAAGCUCUCAGCAAAACAUUUUCUGAAUAAAUGAGCAAACGGCAAGAAGUCUUUCAAUGAUCCUGCUCUCCCCUACUUCAUUUGUGUGAUGAAAUAAAACUAUGGCAUCAAAAGGAUAAAAACCUUUAAGCAAAAAACAGCACUUUGUAAAAAAAAAAAAAAAAAAAAAACUUGUUGAUUUUGAUCACAAAUAUGGGGUCAAAUAUGCAGCAUUAUGCAGUUUGUUUUGUUUGUUUAUAUUUAGAAGUGAAUAAUUUCACCUAUGAUAAAGACUUUCCAAAAAACAUCCAUAGAGAGAUGAUCAUUGUUUGAUCUAAUCUUUUAAACAAAAUAGGGUAUGCAUCAUGCAAACUGCUGUAAUUUGGUAUUAUGUGGCAAAAUACCUGUGAAUUUAGAGGUAAAAUUUUGUUUAACAAAUAUAUUUAGUUGAUAAAAGUCUACAUAUCCAUGGAACUUUUCAAAAACACUGACUCAAUCCAAGGUGAAGAUGAGAACCAUUUAGCAGGUACAGGUUCCAGACUGUGACUAAAAUGCUACUAUUUGAAUGAACCACAAACAUUAUAGUCCUAAUUUGCAUUCAGUUCCUUGUCUACACAGUGAAAAAAUACAGCAGAUUGAUAUUCUUAUUGAGAAAGCAGUGUGGAAAAUAAGACAAAGCAAUGAAUGUUUUGUGUGAAGAUUCAACAUGAAUAAUAUAUCAUAUCUAUUAUAUUUCUAGCUGAUAUGCUGUGGUUCAUGCAAUUCUUUCUUCUUCUGGGUAAGAUACACACUGAAACAAAUCUUGGUCACUGGUACAUUUUCAGCACAGUUAAAGCUUAUAUUUCUCAAAACUAAUUCUAGUUGUUUUAAUUAUUUAAUAACCUAUUAAUAAUAUGGAUCUUUGACUCUAGCAUGUAUAGGUUAUACAACUGCCACUAGUACAGAUUAAAUCAGACUGAAGAAUGGUGACAACUCCUGUUCUGGAUGAGUGGAGAAUGUGAUAGUGGCAAAGAGUGCUGCUUAUUUUGGACAAGGAUCAGGACAGAUAUGGAUGGAUGAUGUAAAUUGCAUUGGCACUCACUAAAGAACUGUAGGACACCUGGAUGGGGAAAACAUGACUGUGGACAUCAUGAAGAUGCUAGUGUCCUCUGCCAAUGUGAGUUAAAAAAAAAAAAGCAUGAAUAAAAAUGAGACACCAUCCAGAACAUUACUGGUUCUUGUUUAAACAUUGAAAUAAUGUAACAUUCAUCAUUAUUGUCUUUGAAAGAUGGCAAUUUAUCCUCAACAACUGCAAUAACAAACUCAACAACAGAAGAGAAGUCUACAACUGCUGCUGCCACCACCAGUUCUCUAAGA